CCGACGAGACGAUCAACAAAGCCCUCCCUCUCCCAGCCAUAUAUGCGGAGCUCAGCAGCUGCCCCGGCGCGCGCCAUUGGCCGAUCGCAGCUGGCGCGGAGAGGGUUCAGCACCCAGCCCAAGCACAAGGACGUCAUUAAAAAGGCGUAUGCCGCCGGCAAGGCGCCGCCGCCUGCCGUCUACCCCGACACAAAGGUCAUCUGUGCGGGCAUCACGGGUAAGACGGGCGCCUUCCACGUCAAGGGGGGGAUCGACUACGGCUCCAAUUAUGUCGGCGGCACGCACCCCAAGAAGGGCGGCACGAAGACAGACAUGGACGCGCAGGGCUUUGAGCUGCCACUCUACACUACGAUGGCAGAGGCCAAGAAGGAGACCGACUGCGAUGCCGCAGUCCUCUUCGUGCCUCCGCCCGGUGCGAAGGGCGCCAUCAUGGAGGCCAUCGCGGCCGAGAUCCCGCUGGUAGUCUGCAUCACGGAGGGCGUGCCGCAGCAUGACAUGGUUCAGGUAAAAAAAGCGCUGAUGAGCCAGACGAAGACGCGGCUGAUCGGGCCCAACUGCCCGGGCGCCACCUCGCCACGAGGGAGGCGGCGCGCCACGCGCCAUUCUCGCCACGAGGGAGGUAGUCGGCUAGUACGGCGAACACUCGGGAUCGUCUCGCGCUCGGGCACGCUGACGUACGAGGCGGUGCACCAGACGACGGCGCUCCACGACGAGGUCGACCUCACCGAGGGGCUCGGCCAGUCGAUGGUCAUCGGCAUCGGCGGCGACCCAUUCAACGGAACAAACUUCCUCGACGCGCUCGAGUACUUUUACGCCGACCCGGAGACGGAGGGCAUCAUCAUGAUCGGCGAGAUCGGAGGCGACGCGGAGGAGCAGGCGGCGGCGUUCAUUCAGGAGGCGAACAUGACGAACUUCAAGCCCGUCGUCAACUUCAUCGCCGGCACCACGGCGCCGCCCGGCCGCCGGAUGGGCCACGCGGGAGCGAUCACGGCGGGCAACGCGGGCACGGCGAAGGGAAAGAUCAAAGCGCUGACUCAGGCUGGCUGCAGGGUCUCCAAGUCGCCGGCCAGGUUGGGCCACGUCAUGGCACAGUUCUACCAGGAGAAAAAGGGGAACGGGAAGGUCUACCUCGACCCGGCGAUGGUCUGGACCGUUGAGGAUGCCGACAAGCUGUAGAGCGCGGGCUGUCGCGAGGACGGCACUAGAGGCGCGAGACCCUUGCCUCCCGCCCGCCGCCGCCGCCGCCGCUAGCCAGCCAGCCAGCCGCAAUCCGCCGUCGCCGCUCCGGGUGCGCGUGUGCAGCCGUUCGCGCCAGACCAUUUGGGCGGGAGAGGCUCGGUGGGCGGCCACGUGCGUUUGGAGGGGGACGGCGGCGUGCGUAGGGGUGGAGUCUCGGGCUUGGAGCGGGCAUAUGGGGCGCGCUUGUGAGGGGGCGGAGGGACUGAGGGCCUGCGGCCGGCCGAGGGGAGCGUUCACACAUGUCUUGCUUGGGACUUGGCUCGUGUCCUGUCCCUGUUCCUGGGGACGCGAGUUGUGCGUGAGAGCGCCGCGGGUUGGCGCGGCGGGCUUCUUUCACCGUGUGGCGUCCUCCGAUCGCGAGGCCUGUCGUACACAUUUGGCGGUGGAACGAUCGCCCUAUAUACACGGGUGAACGGGACACGGUUUUCAGAGACGAGCGCGACAACCAAAUCCAAAAAAUCGACCGCCCGCGCGACGGCGACGGGCGACGGGCGACGGGCGACGCGCAAAAGCGCAUGCAAGCUUGCAGAUGCGACCACAGGAGAAAAGUAGAGGUGGGGAGAGAGCGAGCGCUGACCUCCUCCGCCUCUCCGCUGCGUGUGUGUGAUCGCCGCGCGCCGCCACCGCCCCGCCGCCCGCCCCG